CUUCAGCCCACCCCACGUAGCCGGCGACCAUGGCAUCGAGGGCCCGAUCGCAUUCUCUACUCUGCUACAACCGACCUGGUCUGCCGCCAUGAGUAAUCCGCUCGACGACUAUCUCGCUGCCCUGGAGGCGCGCGACGCACGAGAGAAGGCGCACGAGGCCUACGUCAACGCCUAUACCAAGCUCGCCGAUGGCACAGCAAAGCCGGCGCACCCAGCACCUCCUCCUGUCCCGGAGCCUGCAUCUGGCCGUGCUUCUCCCCGCGCCAUGACGCCCAAGGGCAAAAAAGGCCCCGCGACAGCAGACGCCGCAUCCUCGAAUACCGUGGCCCAACUCCGCUCCGAGCUCGCUGCCACGCAGCGCACGCGGGGCGACCUGGAGGCUCAGCUGAGCGCCGUCUCUGCCGACCUGGCUGCCCUCAAGGCCUCGGACACGCAGCAGAAGCAGCGCAUAGAGCAGCUGGAGAAGAUGCGCCUGGCACUGGAACGGCGGGCUCGCGACACGGCAGACGAGCUCAAGGGCAAAGGAAGGCUGGUGGAAGACGUGCACGACGAGAUGGUGGCGCUCAACUUGCAGCUCAACAUGGCGGAGCAGGAGAAGGAGAGGCUGCGCAAGGAAAACGACGACUUGACAAAGAGGUGGGUCAAGAGGAUGGAGGAGGAGGCCAAGAAGAUGAACGAGCGGUCGGGCUGGGAGGACCAGUCGCGAAGGACAAAGUAGUGGCGAGACAAGCGGACUGGUUUGCGGGACGGACUCGACGCUUAGAAUUUACCAUGCUUGCCCCUGCCGAGGUGGCUGGCCUGGUUUCAACUUCAAGAUAACUUCCAAUUCUAUCCAU